AUGACGGACACAAUUACAAUUGAGGAUGUUCAAGCGGCGGCUGCACGUAUCAAUGUACAUCGCACACCUGUCCUGACGAGCACUGCCAUAAGUAGCAUAGCUUCUGAAAACGCGGGCGUUCCUCUUGAACUCUUUUUCAAGUGUGAGCUGCUUCAGAAGACAGGAUCAUUCAAAAUUCGAGGAGCAACGAAUGCGGUUCAGUUGCUAACCGACGCCGACGCGGGAAAAGGUGUUGUAACUCAUUCGUCCGGCAACCACGCACAGGCCCUUGCACUUGCUGCGCGCAUGCGCGGAAUCCCUGCGUAUGUCGUCAUGCCGAACAACUCACCGCAAGUGAAAAAAGAUGCAGUCAAGGCUUAUGGUGCCCAAGUGAUUGAAUGCGAGCCAACCCUAGAACAGCGCGAAACGACGGCACAAAAAGUAAUCGACGAGACGGGUGCCACGUUUAUCCACCCAUACAAUAAUCCACAUGUGAUUGCAGGCCAAGGCACGAUUGCGUUGGAAACGGUUGCUCAAGAACAGCAGCUGGAUGCGUUGGUGGUACCCGUCGGUGGAGGUGGUAUGCUCUCUGGAUGUUCGAUUGCUACCAAGGCACUGAGUCCACGUACGCGCGUGUUUGCUGCCGAACCAUUGGAUGUCAACGAUACGUACCGAUCCUAUGCGGCAAAAGAGCGAGUAACUAACACGGUGGGAGCCCGAUCGGUUGCGGACGGACUAUUGACGAAUCUUGGUGAAAUUGCGUUUUCUGUGGUGAUGGAAAACGUGGAUGGCGUAUUCGUUGUGACGGAAAAAGAGAUCAUACAGGCAAUGCAGCUGGUGUGGGGCAGGAUGAAGCUGUGCAUCGAGCCAAGCGCAGCCGUUGGCUUGGCUGUGGUGUUGUAUAACAAGGAUUUCCAUGCGCGGGUUAAACAAGACGAAUUGCGAAGGAUCGGCAUUAUAUUGUGCGGCGGAAACGUCGACUUUGCCAAUGCGGUUGCAUUGUUUGAAAAGUUCAAGUAG